AUGAGCUUCUUUAGCUCCCCACCGCCGUCCUAUGCACAGGAGCAACUACAGGCUCAUCUGGGACAGCUCACAACGCUCCCCGUAGUUGUCCCCGUUGCCGCCCUCGAGACAACGACAGACGUCGUCCCCUCGCGCGCCUCGGACCGUCUCCAACAUGCCCUCGCCCAGCUCACAGCCGGCAAGCCGCCUUCCCUCGACAAGCUCGCGGACAUUCUCGACUCGGUCCAAAGGGCAGACGACGAGGUCGAGGUGUCUGAGAUUACAGUUCUGGACCGCGAGGCCCAGGCCGAGGUGGUCACGCGUGCAGUGAGCUUGAUCUGGGCACACACCAUGCAGACGUUUGUCGACGGCGCGCUCCAACUGGAAGACGACAGGGCGUGGUGGGACUAUGCUAUUUCAAGCAGGACCGGAACGGUGGUGUACCUGGUUCAGACCCUGCCAUACCGAGUCUUCCUCGCGGCGGCGGACAAGAUCCAGCCGGGUACAUUUACGGAAAAGCUCCACUCGCUGCACUGGCCCUCUCGCGGCUCGCUAUUCAAGUCGCUUCACGGCGCCAACGCGUCCAUCUCGCAGCAGGUCAUGAAGUUUGCGUCGCCGUUGCAACUCACGCGCCGCGAGAUGCUCACCAACAUUGGCACCCUCACAAAGGCCCGUGACGCUGCAGCGGUGCGGGUCGGUAUCCUAGCGUCCCAGGGCCCGCGGUGGGGCUCACUGGAAAUGUCGGCGGCUGUCUCGCCCACCGACCUCUCGGACGAGGCGAAACGCGUCUACUCUGUGCUCUGCGACGUGCUCGACGCCCAGGACCAGGGGCUCUUGACGACCAAGCCUGGUAAAGUGCAGAGCGUUGGCGCCAGGAGGAGGGUCAAGGGCGAGGUGACACCCGCGGCGCUGCUGCAGCUUAUUGACGGCUCCCUCCCGCGGGCAGAGGGUAUCGUCAAAUCGACACUCAACGAGUUUGGCCGCCCGUCCAAAUUCACGCGUCUGUGGUUCCCCCUCCUCUUCCUCCCUCCUGCCAUCUACAUUGCCGCCAACAGCGUGGUGAAGAACAAGGAAUGGCUCAAGGAGCAAGUGUCCAAUGCGCGCGAGACGGUCAAGGGAUUCUUUGUGCAGUGGGUGUGGGAGCCGCUGGAGGAGAUUGCCAACACGAUGCGGGGCGGAGGCAAGGGCCUGGAUGUCUCGCCCGAGACGGUCAAGACGGACCAGGAAAGCCUGGAGCGCAUGGUCAUGGACCUCGGCCGCGACUACUACCACCUCAGCGGCUCGCAGCUGGAACAGCUCAAGAAGCAGGUCGCGUCGGGCGACAUGUCGUCGGUGCUCAAGGUGUACGAGAAUGAGAUGCAGAGUCCCAUCAAGAACGCUCUCACGGGCAACUUGAUCCGCACACUCCUUAUCCAGGUCCAAAAGACAAAGACCGACCUGUCGCUCUCCCUCGAGUCUCUUGACCAGCUCCUCCGCAGUCAGCAGCUCACAUUCGCAUUCGUCGGUGUGGCCCCCUCGGUUCUCCUGCUCUGGGGCGCGUGGGGCUGGGUCUCGAGUCUGUGGACCGGCGAGAACCGUGGCAAGUCGCGCCGCCGUCGCUACUUCCACGGCAUGCGCAACGUCGAGCGUCUCCUGCUCACUGCGCCCGAGGACGAGGCGCGCAUGAGCGACAAGGACAGGGGUCUGAUCAUUGUGUCUGUCUCGGGGCUCCGCACUUGGGCAACUGGCAUCUCGUCUGCCAGGAGGGAGGCCUUUUUGGACGAUCUCCGCAUGGUCGAGGACCCGGGACUGGCCCGGGACGACAAGCUGCGUGUUGUGGAGCGCAUGUGGCGCUGUUGGGGCAUGGACGGGAGGAAGGUUGUGGUGUAG